CUUUGGAUGCAUGUCCUUGCAUCUGGACCUACAGCCGAUCAUGGCUAUGUCGAUGGCGUUGGGCUCAUGCAACAAGUGGACUAUCUCAAAGCCCAGUACAACAAAUGGGGUUUCGAUUUUCAAGUGAAGCCGAUUUCGUAUGCACUCAAUGCCGACUGGGCUAGGGAUAUUGAUGUCGAUAAGGAAGAAAAGAUGAGGCAACUUCACCGAGGCGAUUACCAGUCCUUGAAUGUCUAUUGCGUCGAAGGUGCCGGUGGAGGUGUCUGCUCCUUCCCUGACAGCACAGGUAACCCAAUCGACCAGAAGACUCUAGAUGGGGAUGGGUGUUUCGUCCCUCUGUCCGUGUGUACUUCGCCUAACAGUGGAACUUUGGCGCAUGAAGUCGGCCACUGGUUCGGACUUCUCCAUGUUUUCCAGGGAGGUUGUGAUCCCGCGGGUGACGGUUGCGAUGACACUGCGCCACAAGCAGGGCCAUCUUCUGGUCAUAUGGCAACCCCAGGAGACCUCAACAGCUGCCCUGCCGGCCACUCAUGCAGUGCUGAUUUUUCUGACAACGUUAACAACUUCAUGGACUACACCGAUUGUGCUCACGAAUUCACACCUUGCCAGGGUGGGCGUAUGUCGGCUACAUGGAACAACAACCGUAAAGGCCGAGCAAUUGCAGAUGGAGUUCGUUGGAAGUAGCCGUUUAUUUUCACUCUCUGGAGUUGCUUCUCCUCCCAAUUGCCCUGAUUGGAUCUAAAUCUUCGGAGUAUCGGAGACUCAUUUCUUCAUCAUGAAGGGUUUCUCAUUUAUAAUCAAGUUUCGCCUCUUAGUCAUUUUGAAACCCUUGCCCUCUUGGAAUAUUUGGUUCUUUUUUGCAUAUUAUCA